CUUGCCAAAUUUUAUCCUCAUUAUUUGGUUUAACACUAAUAAAAAUGGAAGUUCAAUUUGUUGUUUUUGUAAUGUUUGUUAUUGUUGCUUCUUCAUCUUGUUUAUGUGUUAGAUUAACAUCAGAUGAUUUAAGUCACAGCUUCAAUGUUCUUGACUAUGGUGCUGUUGGGAAUGGCAAAAAUGAUGAAUCAAGGGCUUUUAUGGAUGCAUGGAAAGAUGCAUGUAGUGCAAUUUAUGAGAGUUCAACACUUCUUAUACCUAAAGAAAAAACAUUCAUGUUGCAACCUAUGUGGUUUAUGGGUCCUUGCAAUUCUCCAACUAUUUAUGUAAAGCUUGAGGGAAUUAUCAUAGCUCCAAGCACCAUUGAAGCUUGGAAAUGGCCCAAUGAGAAUGAUAGAGGCUCAUGGAUACGUUUCUCAGAGAUAAGAGGGCUUGUUAUUUAUGGAGGUGGACUCAUUGAUGGCAAAGGUGCUCCAUGGUGGGAUUGCUAUUCUAAUGCCAUGUGUGAAAGUGAAAAUCCAACUGCUCUUCAUUUUCACGCAUGUGAAAAUCUAAUUCUAAGGGGAUUAACUCAUAUCAACAGCCCAAGAAAUCAUAUAAGUUUAAACGCAUGUCAUGGCUCACGAAUCUCUAAAUUGCAUAUUAUCGCGCCAAAUGAAAGCCCUAACACUGAUGGAAUUGACAUUGCUGAAUCAACCAACGUCAUCAUUGAGAAUUCAAAGAUGGAAACUGGUGAUGAUUGUAUUGCAAUUAAUCAUGGUUCCACAUCGAUUGAUAUUGUUGGCAUUUUUUGUGGACCUGGCCAUGGCAUAAGUGUUGGGAGCCUAGGAAGAAAUGGAGCUGAAGAAUCAGUGGAAAAGAUUUAUGUGCGAAAUUGCACCUUCAACAGAACAACAAAUGGAGCCAGAAUCAAGACAUGGAUGGUAAAAUUUAUUUUUCUACAUGGUGAUAUAAAGGGAGGAAAUGGGUAUGCAAGAAAAGUGACAUUUGAGGAUAUCAUACUUAUUGAAGCUAACAAUCCAGUGAUUAUUGAUCAAGAAUACAAUCCAUAUGAUAGUUUAUACGGUAAUGGUGUUAAAGUGAGUGAUGUAACCUUUCGCAACAUAAGAGGAACAUCAAUUUCUAAACAUGCAAUUCAAUUACAUUGUGAUGGAUCCAUAAGUUGCACAAACAUUAUACUUGAAGGGAUUAACAUAACAUCUUCAAUAGGAGACGAAGUUCACGCAUCAUGCAAAAAUGUAAAUGGGAUAUGUACUUCAUGUAUUCCAUAUGUUCCAUGUCUUUCUCAAGAAUGACAAAAUUUGUGUGUGGGUCCAUGUGUUUCUCGAUAGCUAAUGUAGGGUUUAACCUAGGUUUUUUUCUUCCCUAGUUACAUUGUGAUGAAUCCAUAUGUUGCACAAACAUUAUACUAGAAGGGAUUAACAUAACAUCUUCAAUAGGAGAGAAAGUUCACGCAUCAUACAAAAAUGUAAAUGGGAUACACGCUUCAUGUAUUCCAUAUAUUCCAUGUCUUAGUGACCAAAUUUUUAUGGCAAUUUGGUCCAUGUGUUUUUUGAUAGGUAAAGUACGAUUUAACCUAAGCUCUUUUCUUCUCCAUAUAUCUCACUGACUCCU